UGAAUGAUAAUAACAAUCGGACCUUGAACAAAUCUCCCGAGGUUCAGUAGCUCCGGCAACAAGUUCACCCAGCGAAGCCCAUGGAAGCCACACCAGCGUAUUCUGGCAACCGUGAAAGGAAAACCAAGGUUCCUCCCGUAGUAUCUGUCGGAGGCAUGCCGGGCAGCCCAGUAGAUAAAAGAAUCACCGACGAUCCAAACCCGAACCGGAGGGGAACCUGAAAUCAACACAAACGAUGAGGACGAACAUAAGGAGAAAAACGAGAAGAAUCCCACCUACCCAAGCGCUGCAGAUCCUCGUCUGAGAAACCCAUCCCCCGCGCAGCAGUGGUGGCGCCAAUGCGAAAGGAGUGUGUUGAGAAAUCAGCAGGAGGCAGGCCCAACCGAGAAAGGCAGAGGCGGAAAACCCUAAGGAACUGCUGAUACCUGCUGAGAUUGGAAGAAUCGGAAUGAACAAGAUAAACAGAAGAAGGAGGACGUACAGAAGAAAAGUAAGAAGACAAGCGGACCGGGCAAAAGGGGCCCCCACAGGCCUUGAGAACUACUGCGUAGCUAUUUCUAGAGUUCUGUCUCCACCCCCUCACCCCGUGCCAUCGUAGCCAAUCCCAGCGGAGCCACUCCGACUCCCUCCUCAUGUUGACACCCUGACUGGUUGCCAAGCAUCCAGCAGUCAAGGCUCCCUUUCCUUAGUGCAGGGCGGGUCAAGGGGCCUUCAUUAUGCACAUUAGACAUCUCUGUAUAGCAUUGUGAAAUAUGCACAGGGUUUAUUGGGAAUAUUAGGUAUGCAACUGCAGAAGUGCUUGGCAGGUGUAUUUCAUUAUGUUUGUCAUGGAUGAAAUCCUGGCUUGUGUUCUUUAUUACUCAAGAAUGUGAUUAAUACUGGGUAGACAAUGACAUCUCUUCUGAGCUCACUGAGGAUAAUCCAGAGUGCCGUAUAUUAACUUUCAGUUUAGUAAGGAUAUUUUACUUGGCAGUGUCUAGAAGCUGGAGACACACCUAGACCUGUCCAAAAGAGCUGGAUUGCUCACUUAUAAUCCAGCCUCAGGCUAACCACACUAUUCCACAGAACGGAGGAGACACACGGCAGGUAGAGGAGGAAGCAACAUCUGUAUGAUGAGGAAAUAUCGGUACUUACUAUCUUCAUCACUGAUCCUUUUCUUGUCUGUUGUUACCACUUACACAGACACGCACUCGCAUUACUUCUUCAUAACCGUCACCGAUGACUUGAACUAUGACCGCCCAUUCUAUUACACAACCAGGUCCAUUGAUGACAUCACAUUGUACUGGUAUGACAGCAUCAGCGAGGUUAUAGAGCGCAGAGUGCCCUGGUUUAGAAGUACCUACUCCACGUUACUGGAUGCAAGUGCCAAUCAAUUGAUGAUGCAGAAGAGCCUGCAAAGAUUGUUCCAUAUGUUUAAAAAUUAUCUGAAUGAGACGAAAGGUUUCCACGUUCUGCAGAGGUUACUGGGAUGCAUUGUUUAUGGUAACGGGACAAUUGGCACAGUAUUCAGUUAUCGUUAUGACGGAAGACCGUUCCUUAGUUUCAAUGUGGAGAAGGCACACUGGAUAGCGGAAGACUCAAGAGUACAAUACUUUGCUGAUAUCUUUAAUCGGAACAAGACUAUGGGAGAGCAGAACAAGAAAGUUCUGAUGAAUAACUGUGUUCCUCAUAUAGCUGAGCUCCUUUCAUUGGGGAAGUGCACGUUUAACAGAAGAGAAAAACCAAUAAUGAGAGUGACACAAACACCCAUCACAAAUUCCACUUCCAGACUGAACUGCCGGGCAUAUGGACACUACCCCAAGAAUAUCUCCAUGACGUGGUUCAAGAAUGGGGAGAUGGUGCCAGAGAAUCUGACGGAGCGAGUGACCUUACCUUUCCCUGACAUCACCUACCUCACCUGUCUCACAUUAAAUAUCACUCUGACAGCUGGUGAUGUCUACACCUGUAGCGUUAAUCACAGCAGCAUGAUGUUGCCCUUCAGGGAGGACUGGAGUUUGUCAGAGGAGUCCCUUGAACCACUGAUCAAAGGCCUCUCCAAUGGAGUCAUCAUUGCCACAUGUCUGGCUGUCAUCCUUCUGGUGGUUCUCAUAGUAUUUGGCUCUGUAUCUUUAGGAAAAAGUAGAAUACAGUGAGAAGUCAUGUUGGCACAGAACCACUGAUGUGUCGGAUUAUAUAUCAGAAUGGGACCGAGCUGAAGAUUCCAAAUUUGCUCUACAAGGUUUUUUUUUCUCCAACCGAUCAUUGACAUCAUAGUCACUACAGGCCAAACGAAUGUUUUCUAAGCUUAUUAGUUAUGUUCCACUACCAUUGUGAUAUCUUCUAUGUCCAUCUUGCAGUAUUCAUGUGGUUCAUAAUUCGAAGAAUAGUUCUCGGAAGCUACAUAUACCACAAAUGUUCCAUCUGUACCUGCACAUACCUAUAUUUGUAUUCCAAUACAGUAUUUGUUACGAGCCUCCCUUACCAGCUGCAGAUCCCUUGCCAUAGAUUCCCACCCACCCAGAAAUACAUAUUGAACAAGUCCUUGGACUUUUCAACUUGGCCAUCAAAGCCCCCAAUAAUAAAGGUUUUUGGAUCACAGGUUCCUCCUUCUUGUAGCUUUCACUACACUCCAUUUUUGCCAAAAAGGUCUAUCUGGUCUCCCUUUUAGAAGAUGAGGCAUAUCAUAUACUUAAAGCGGAGUUCCGGGCAUAUUUUUAUAUAAUACAACAUCUUGGGGCAGA